CAUCCCCCUUCUCCUUUGUCCUCUUGUUAUAUAAUCUCACUCACCGUUUGCUUUCUAAAUAUAUACACAUAACUUGCAUACUACACAAGAUCACACAUCUAUCAAACUCUUGUAAAACAUGGUGAUGAGUAGGCCGUCAUCAUCGUUGGAUGAGAUCAGAAAGGCACAAAGAGCUGAUGGUCCCGCAGGUAUCUUGGCUAUAGGCACGGCCAACCCUGCGAACCAUGUGAUCCAAGCGGAGUAUCCAGACUACUACUUCCGCAUCACCAACAGUGAACACAUGACUGACCUCAAGGAGAAGUUCAAGCGCAUGUGUGACAAGUCGAUGAUAAGGAAACGACACAUGCACCUAACCGAGGAGUUCUUGAAGGAGAAUCCCAACAUGUGCGCCUACAUGGCUCCUUCUCUCGACGUCAGACAAGACAUUGUGGUUGUUGAAGUCCCUAAGCUAGGCAAGGAGGCGGCAGUGAAGGCCAUUAAGGAGUGGGGUCAGCCUAAGUCCAAGAUCACACACGUUGUCUUCUGCACCACCUCAGGAGUCGACAUGCCUGGUGCUGACUACCAGCUCACCAAGCUCCUUGGUCUUCGUCCUUCCGUCAAACGUCUCAUGAUGUACCAGCAAGGUUGCUUCGCAGGCGGCACUGUCCUCCGUCUCGCCAAGGACCUCGCUGAGAACAACCGUGGCGCACGUGUCCUCGUUGUCUGCUCCGAGAUCACAGCCGUCACCUUCCGUGGUCCCUCUGACACUCACCUUGACUCCCUCGUUGGACAGGCUCUCUUUAGUGAUGGAGCCGCUGCGCUUAUCGUUGGUUCGGAUCCUGAUGCUUCCGUGGGGGAGAAGCCAAUCUUUGAGAUGGUGUCUGCGGCUCAGACCAUUCUUCCCGACUCGGAUGGAGCCAUAGAUGGACACUUGAGGGAAGUGGGACUCACCUUCCAUCUCCUCAAGGACGUCCCUGGGCUCAUCUCCAAGAACAUAGAGAAGAGUCUUGAAGAAGCGUUUAAACCGCUAGGGAUAAGUGACUGGAACUCCCUCUUUUGGAUAGCUCACCCUGGUGGUCCAGCGAUACUUGACGAGGUUGAGAAGAAGCUAGGACUCAAGGCAGAGAAGAUGAGAGCCACGCGUCAGGUGUUGAGUGAGUACGGAAACAUGUCGAGCGCGUGCGUUCUCUUUAUAUUGGAUGAGAUGAGGAGGAAGUCAGCGAAAGAUGGUGUGGCCACGACGGGAGAAGGUCUGGAGUGGGGUGUCUUGUUUGGUUUCGGACCAGGUCUCACCGUAGAGACUGUUGUCUUGCACAGCGUUCCUGUUUGAACAGAUCUCUUUCUAUAUGCCUUACCAACCUAUACAUACUUCCCUGCAUCGUGUCUUUUAAUGUUUUUCAAUUUGAUAUGGAAUAUGUAAUGCCAAUAACUAAUGAAGAAUUCAUUUAGUGUGAAGUGUGUGGACUCGCUGAGAUGGGUUCUUUCAAUUUAAUUGUCUUUCUGUCUUUUUGAUACAAUAUCAAAUGUCCAGUGGAGUAUGACCU